AUGGCGAUGCCUCUUCGCCCUCUGCAUUUCCUCUCUCGCGAGGAUGGCACCCUUACAGCUCUUGUUGCUGUCGAUGAGCUUCCUCAUUACAUCUCUAUCCGUGGGGUUCCUCGCACACUGAACCACAGCGACACCCAAGGUAUGACCAGCCUCGGAACCGUCAAGUCUCGUGGGCAGUUCUACCUUCUCGACAAUGCUAUUCAACAUGCCUCCAAGGCUAUUGGGGACAAGUCGAACAACCCAAGCCGUUUGUUGAUGCCAGGACGUGGACUCGAUGGUUUUGCUCAGCUCUCCAUUGCUCCACAGAGCUCCAUUGCUGACCCAUCAAUGGCUCAGAACCCAGAAUGGGCUCAUAUGGCUACAGGCGGGACUCAGCUGAUAAAGCACAACCCUGGACAUCGCCAUGGAAAAGGUGGUCAAAAUGGUAAUGCUUCCAAAAAGGAAUACUGUUCUUUCUGGCUUCGCCAUGGAGAAUGUGACUAUCAACAGCAGGGCUGUAUUUUCAAGCACGAAAUGCCCACGGAUAAACCGACUCUUGAUAAGCUUGGGCUCAGAGAUAUUCCUCGCUGGUACCGUGACAAACAUGGGGUUAAGGGUCUUGGUGGUGCCGGUGGGCGGACUCGCCAGGAAGGGAACGGGCGCAACUGGCGGGCUGAAAACCAUCAUCAUCCGGUGCCCACCCCUGCAGCUCAUGGAAAUCGAACCAUGACUACGGAGCCCGCAGAGGAGAGGUAUAAGGCUAACCCUACGCCUCCUCAGCCGCCUGCGAUGCCUGGUCUGCCCCAUGGUCACCCAGCAAUCUAUAACGGUAUCCCAGUCACCGCCCACCUUACCCCUCUAGGUUUACCAACUCCAGGUGGUUUAAGUGUGAAUAUGGCUGUAAACCAGCCGCUUGAAGCUUCCAAGUUCACCAACAGAUGUGACCUUAUUUCUAUUGAUGAAUUCCGCAAAACUCCUACACCAGAGCACAUGGUACAGGGCCGAGUCAAGGGUGGACUUGGAAACUUUGCUGGUCACCACCUCCAUGGUAAGGUUGACUUGAUGGACCAUUCUUAUCCAAACGGAACAGGACUAUCGGCUGUUCGAACCAACGGCUUCAACGACCUCAAGGGACUAGAUACGGUAUCCCACAAUAACGCAAUGCAUUCCCAUAGCUACGGCCCCAGCUCUAUGCCAAUUCCAGGAUCAAACUCUCUUUGGACAAUGGGUGAAAAUGAAGGAGAUAGCUGGAACCUGAUGCCCCUGACCCCCUUCCCGCCCGUUGUAGGAGCCACUUCCACCAAUCAGCCAAACGGCCUAGGAUCUCAGCUUAAGAAAAAGGCCCAGCGAUCUCGUCGGCUAUAUCAACGCAGGCAAUCUAUCGAUGGUCAAGAGGCUGACGAGGAAAAGAACUUGCGAGUAACGACCGUAACCCCGAUCAACACAGCUGUCCCUAACCCAGACCUAAAGAAUGGAGUAACGGGAGCGAUUUCACCCUGCUUCUCCCCGCAUCCUCAGUCUGGCAGCUAUGCUUCUUCUCCUUGCUCCCCCCGUUCCGGAGCUACCACUGGUCGCUACGCUGACAAUCUGGACUUCCGUGGAAACGGGAAUCACAAAUAUGCGAGCCGCGGUUCCCCCAACUCCACAGAAUCAGCCAACACCAACGGAGGAACCAACUAUGACUUGUUCGACCUUGGUUUAAACAGCCCAGUUACCUUGAGCGCCAAGCACAUUUAA